AUGAGAAAACCUCCCACUGCGACGAGGCACCGUUUGCCCUGGUACACUCUUAUUUGUCGCUCUCAAAACCCUCCACCGUCGCCCCUUCACAGUUCGUCACUUCUCACUGACAGCAACGACGCGAGCGAGACUAGCGCCGGUAGCCGCAGACCUGAGCAUUAUCGGAAAACUGAGAGCAGGUCAGGAGUAUCGCUGUCGAACAAAGGAGUAGUCGAGCGACCAACGGGCUUCCGAAAAAUACCGAGCAGAACAUCUGAGCACACCCAAUUCGAGGAAUUUUCCAGCACCACGAAUUAUCCGGUGUGCCGCAGGCUUGAGUUUAAGAGUUAA